ACACACACACACACACACACACAGAGACACACACACACACACACACACACACACACACACACACACACACACACACACACACACACACACACACACACACAGCACAAGCUCAGAUCGAGGAGUCAGAAUAAGGAGACAGACAGUAAGAGACGUUAAUAAGACAGUUUUCACUCUUUAACAGCUACACAAACUCGCCAUAGAGAAGCAGCUCAGAUCUCGUCUUGGUUCUGAAGCAACCUCAGUUCCUCUUUCUGUUCUCCUACCACUGGGCUCAGGCCUGAUCCAUUCUGGCCGCCAUGGUACUGAUCCUGGGAAGAAGGCUAAACCGGGAGGAUUCGGGUGUCCGAGAGUCUCCUGCGGUCAAGCGCAAGGUUCUGGAGAUGGACACGAAAACUCUGAGCAGUCCUGACGUGUUUGACUUCUGCUCAGGGCCGAGCCAUGCAGAGAGCAUCCUCCAGAUGUUCAACGAGUUCCGUGACAGUCGUCUCUUCACCGAUGUGGUGAUCAGUGUGGAGGGUCGUGAGUUCCCGUGUCACCGCGGAGUGCUGUCGGCUUGUAGCGGCUACUUCCGCGCCAUGUUCUGUAACGACCACCGCGAGAGCCACGCAAUGCUAGUGGAGAUCAAUGGCAUCCGUGCCGAAGCCAUGGACACCUUCCUACAGUAUGUGUACACGGGCCGUGCGCGCAUCAACACAGAAAACGUGCAGUUUCUGUUUGAAACGUCCAGCUUGUUCCAGAUCGUGACUCUGCGUGAUGCCUGCGCUAAGUUCCUGGAGGACCAGCUGGACCCAUGUAACUGCCUGGGCAUCCAGAGGUUUGCUGACGCCCACUCGCUCAAGCAGCUCACUACCCGCUGCCGUAACUACGCCCUGCAAAGCUUCGCUGACGUGAUGCAGCAUGAGGAGUUUCUGGACCUGCGCCGUGACGAGCUUGAAGACUACAUCUCCAGCGAUGAGCUUGUCAUCAGUAAGGAGGAGACGGUAUUCGAGGCGGUGAUGCGGUGGGUCUACCACGACAUCGAACACCGUCGCUCCAUCCUGCGUGAGCUCCUGACGCAUGUCCGCCUCCCGCUGCUGCACCCUAACUACUUUGUGCAGACGGUUGAAGGCGAUCAGCUCAUCCAGAAUGCACCGGAGUGCUACCAGCUCCUGCACGAGGCACGUCGAUACCACGUACUGGGCAAUGAGAUGAUGUCACCUCGGACACGCCCACGCAGGUCCACGGGUUUCUCUGAGGUCAUCGUGGUGGUGGGCGGCUGCGAGCGAAUCGGGGGCUUCAACCUGCCAUACACUGAGUGCUACGACCCCGUGACAGGAGACUGGAAAUCACUGGCCAAACUUCCGGAGUUCACCAAGUCUGAGUACGCAGUGUGUGCUCUCCGCAAUGACAUACUGGUCUCAGGAGGUCGCAUCAACUGCAGAGAUGUGUGGAUGUACAACUCACAGCUCAACAUUUGGAUCCGAGUGGCGUCACUGAAUAAAGGACGCUGGAGACAUAAAAUGGCAGUCUUACUAGGAAAGGUGUAUGCGGUGGGUGGUUAUGACGGUCAGUCGCGACUCAGCAGUGUGGAGUGUUAUGACUCUUUCUCUAACCGCUGGACCGAGGUGGCCCCCAUGAAGGAGGCGGUGAGCUCCCCGGCGGUGUCCGGCUGCAUCAACAAGCUGUAUGUGAUCGGUGGAGGUCCUGAUGACAACACCUGCUCUGAUAAGGUUCAAUGCUAUGACCCGGAGUCAGACUGCUGGUUGCUAAGGGCCAACAUUCCCAUCGCUAAGCGUUGCAUCACUGCUGUUUCCCUCAACAACCUCAUCUACGUGUCGGGCGGUUUGACUAAAUCCAUCUACUGCUACGACCCCACUGAGGACUACUGGAUGCAAGUCGUACACACCUUCAGUAAACAGGAGAGCUGUGGGAUGUCUGUGUGUAAUGGGAAGAUCUACAUCUUGGGCGGACGCAGUGAGAGUGGCGAGGCAUCAGACACCAUCCUGUGCUACGAUCCGUCCACAGGGAUCAUCACAGGUGUAGCGGCGAUGCCACGACCCAUCUCUUACCACGGCUGUGUGACCAUCCACCGCUACAACGAGAAGUACUACCACUCAUGACCAUCCACACACACUUAGCCUGUUCCUUCUGUGUGUGUGUGUGUGUGUGCACAUAUUUGCCUUCUUCUUUUCUCGUUUUUUUGUAUUAUUCCCACCAGGUAAAAAUCUCCCUUUUCUGUC